AAACACUUUCUUUUUACAGAAAUGGCCACCUGGUUACCAGCGGUCCUACUGGUGCUACAAGUAACCGCUGCAUCCUCUGAAGAGCCCAUACUCGAGUUUUCCACGGACACACCCAUCAAUAAUGUGGCAUGGGACUCCCUGACCGGGCGUGUUUACCUCGGUGCAGUCAAUGCUAUUUAUCAAUUGGACUCUUCAUUGAACAUUGAGGCCAGAUCUGAAACGGGGCCCAAGAAAGAUGCGAGGGGUUGCACACCUCCAGUGUCUACUUGCCAAGACCUGAAAGACACCAACAACACCAAUAAACUGUUGCUGGUUCAUUCGACUAACGGGUCGCUGAUAGUCUGUGGGAGUUUAUACCGAGGAAUCUGCUCUCUGCUCAACCUCACCAACGUCAAAGAACAGAUAUACUACAGCGACAGCAAAGGGGAACGGACUUAUGCUGCCAGCACCGAAGAGCACGUUUCGGUGGUGGGCGUCAUGGCCACGCUUGAAUUGGAUGACAAACCGUUCAACGUCUUUUUGGUCGGGAAGGGCUACGGAAGUAUGGACAGCUCAAAACUCAUCAGCACCAGAAUCGUGCAGAACUAUCGCGACUGGGUCGUGUUCGAGAGCAUCAUCGAGGCGUCUACGGUCCAGGCAGUUCCCUUCGUGCCCAAGUACCUGCACGACUUCCGAUUUGCCUUCAAAAAUGACAACUUUGUCUAUUUCCUCUUUUCGCGCACUCUCGGUGGAACGGACAACAAGAACUUUACUUUCGUUUCGCGCCUCUGCGAGAACGACAAUCACUACUAUUCGUACACGGAGCUUCAGCUUAGUUGCGGCCAGAAGAAUCGCUACAAUAAAGUCCAGGCCGCGUAUUUGACCGAACCGGGGAAAGAGCUGGCCCAAGUCAUGUCUGAAUCCGGAGAGUAUGGGAAUAUUAGGGAAUGGGAUAAAGUCCUGUUUGUGGUGGCUAGCUCAGAGGAAGGGGCCACUGAAUCAGCUCUGUGUAUGUACCCCCUUAAAAACAUCAACCAGAAACUGUUGGCCAUCGUUACCGCUUGCUACACGGACAACGGCAAGAUUGACGACAGAUUAGUUGUGGAGAGUCCCUACACAUCCAGUAAAGACGAACCAUGUGUCAAACACGAUAAAGACAUUGUGAACCAGUAUAAGUGCGGAGCCGAUUUUCUUCCAUCUCCGCUGGCCAGUCGGCAGGAGUUUGCCUUGAAGGCCAAUACAGUCUUCAUCAGGCAGAACCUGCUGACCGCAGUGGCUGUGGCUGUCGAGAACGAUCACACCAUUGCCUUUCUGGGCCACAAUGCUGGAGAGGUGAUCAAGGUACAUUUGUCAAGCUUACCAGAGGCGUACAACCCCGGUCCGGGCUACAAAGCCAGCGGCUAUGUAAAUAAGAACCUUUUCUUUGACAAAACCAAGGCGCACUUGUACAUCACCACUGAGAAAAAGAUCACGAAGGUGCCCGUACAGGCCUGCCAUCUGAAGACGGACUGCCAGACCUGCGUCACUCAGAGAGAUCCAUACUGUGGCUGGUGUGUCCUGGAGGGAAGAUGCACCAGGCGAUCGGAGUGCAGUCGUGCGGAGGAAAAGAACGGGUGGCUGUGGAGUCCAAACCAACAGUGUGUGAAAAUCGUCUCUUUCCACCCGCCAAAUCUCAGCUGCUUGAAGUCCCAGCAGGUUGAGAUAAACGUCCGAUCGCUGCCGGUCCUCAGAGACUCGGACCGGAUCCACUGUGUCUUUGGCUCUUACCCCAGCGGCGGCAGGAUGGUGGACGGCAGAAUCAGUUGCCGUUUACCUGAACAGCCUCUUAUACCCUCGACUCCUGCACACCAAGAUUUCGUGGCGGUUCCGGUCUACAUCUUUGUGAACAGUAGCGUGGAGGUCGCGUCCAGCGAGUACAAGUUCUACAACUGCGCAGCGGCAGUUCGGAAAGCAGAAAACACACCAUGCACUUCCUGUGUGAGCAGCGCUUGGGGAUGUCAGUGGAACAUUGCGGCUCACACCUGCACGGAUCUGAGCGACGCAGAAACCGGCGCCAAUAUAAUCAAACCCAGACAGAACAAGAGCUGUCCACGCUUCGAGAACCCAGAUCCCGUCCUUAUCCCGGUCGGACACAAAACCCGGAUCAGUUUUGAGGGCAUCAAUCUGGACCCGUACAGGGAUCGUGAUUUCACCAUCGGAACGGAGCUGAUGAAGAUUGAGGAAGAUGUCAAGACAGAGUCGGGACCCUUCUACUCUUUCAGCGGAUAUGUGUUUUCCUUUGAUAAAGCUCACGAGACCAACGUUCUGUUCCACGUAAGAGACAAACACACGAGAAAGAAGAUCGACAGCAGUCUCAGUGUCACUCUGUAUAACUGCUCUCUGGGACGUGAAGACUGCAGCUUGUGUAAGAACGCCGACCCCAAAUAUCAGUGUGUGUGGUGCAAGCAGACCAGCUUGUGUGUGUACGACCAGCUCUGUGCCUCUAAAGAGCUGGAGGAGUGUCCCGACCCCCGGAUCACUGACAUCACGCCGAGAUACGGGCCGCUGAAAGGAGGAAUAGCUGUCACGAUUAAGGGCUCGAACCUGGGCGUUCAGAAGGACGACAUUAAAAACAUCACAGUGGCCGGAGUGCCGUGCAAACACCUGCGGGAGCGUUACUCCGUCUCAACCAGUGUGGUGUGUGAAAUUGGGCCGGUGACACUGUACAGAACCGGAGAGGUGGAAAUAGAGGUGGGCAGAGGAAAAAAAGGCGUAUCCACAAAAACGGUCCGUUUCACCUACAGGGACCCCAUAGCACAAAACGUGUCUCCUAAUCGAGGUCCUAAAGCAGGAGGAACCGUCCUGACUAUUACUGGGAUGGGCCUGAACACAGCUUCAAAAGAAGACCUUCAGAUCUUCGUGGGCGACGUGCCCUGCAGAGUUGAGAGCUUUGGAGAUCAGAUCACCUGUAAAUUGUCUGAGUAUCUGGGCGAUACGGUUCCAUCAGCUCGCCUCGACGUCAGAGUUCAAUACGGCAAACACACCACAACCAGCAUCAAGACGAUCUUUCAGUUCUCCAGCAACCCCUCUGUGUCUGACCAUCAGCCCAGGAGCAGCUUCAUUUGUGGUGGCAGAAAAAUCCUAGUGGUCGGUUCUGGAUUUGACCUGGUCCAGAAAGCUACUAUCAGGGUGGUGGCGUCGGCUGGAGAAUGGUCCGAACAGGGCGUCCCAGAGGAGUUUGUCGAGGGUUUCACGCACAAAAACGACAGCGUGAUCAUGUUCAUGUCCCCGGCGGUGAACGAGUCUCAGUUGUUCAGGACGUACGUGCAGCUGGAUAACCUCCAGACGGAGCUGACCCCGUUCCAGUAUCAUCCCGACCCAACGUUUGAUCGGCUCAGCAAGACUGUCAUCACUGAAAACAGCAUGAUCAUCGUCACCGGUCGGGGGUUUUCCAGCGCGAUGACGGCGAGGGAGGCGCAGGCGUUUGUGGGGGAUGUUCAGUGUAACGUCAACACACUACAGGAGGAUAAACUAUUCCUGGACCCGCCCUCCACUGCACCCAGAGCUCGAUCCAAGAGACUGAGGAGAGACACUGGCUCUGACCCGCUGGACCUGCUGAUUAAGUUUGGCAAUGGCGAGUGGAUGGUCGGCUCUGUUCGGUACGAGAGGAGGUAUACUCUCCCGUUGCCCAUCAUCAUCCCGGCGGUGGUCGUUCCCAUGCUGCUGAUUAUCGCCAUCUCCGUCGUCUGCUACAGGAGGAAGAGCCAGCAGGCAGAACGAGAGUACGAGAAAGUGAAGCAUCAGCUGGAGAAUCUGGAAGAGAGUGUUCGUGACCGCUGCAAAAAAGAGUUCACAGAUCUGAUGAUCGAAAUGGAGGACCACACUAACGACAUAAGCGAGGGCCGGAUCCCGUUCCUGGACUACAAGACCUACACGGACCGCGUCUUCUUCCUGCCCUCUAAAGAUGGAGCCAAUGACGUCAUGAUCACGGGCAAACUGGAUAUCCCAGAAUCCCGCAGGGCUACGGUCACCCAGGCGCUGAACCAGUUCUCCAACCUGCUCAACAGCAAAACCUUCCUCAUCAAUUUUAUCAGAACGCUGGAGGGCCGUCCGGAUUUCAACGCCAGGGCCAAAGUGUAUUUCGCGUCUCUGCUGACCGUAGCGCUUCACGGUAAACUGGAGUAUUACACAGACAUCAUGAGGACGCUUCUGCUGGGGCUCAUGGAGGAUUACGUUCACAGCAAGAAUCCUAAACUGCUGCUCCGCAGGUCUGAGACUGUGGUGGAAAGGAUGCUGAGUAACUGGAUGUCCAUCUGUCUCUAUCAGUACCUAAAGGACUCGGCCGGAGAACCGCUGUACAAACUCUUCAGGGCCAUAAAGCACCAGAUUGAAAAGGGGCCGGUGGACGCACAGGUUAAGAAAGCCAAAUACACACUGAACGACACGGGCCUUCUCGGAGAUGAUGUGGAGUACAUCGUGCUGAAUCUACAGGUGCUGGUUCAGGGCGAGGGGCCUGACAUCACCCCGGUAAAGGUGUUGAACUGUGACACCAUCUCUCAGGUGAAGGAGAAGAUCAUCGAGCAGGUUUACAAAAACCUGCCGCACUCUCAGAGACCCAAAGUCGACAGCGUCACCCUGGAAUGGCGGCCCGGCUCCACGGGACAGACCCUGUCGGAUCUAGACGUGACGUCACAGAAGGAGGGCCGGUGGAGACGCAUCAACACGUUGGCGCAUUAUAACGUACGUGAUAACGCAACAGUGGUCCUCUCCAGGGUUCAGCACACACAACAGUCGUACGACCAGAAUCACGAUAACCAUGAAGAGAGAAACGCCCUGCUGGAUGAUGAUAAAGUGUUUCACCUGGUGCGACCGGCUGACGAGCUGGAUGAGAUGAAGUCUAAGAGAGGCAGUAUAAAGGAUAAAUCCAUGACCAAAGCCAUCACUGAGAUAUAUCUCACCCGACUGCUCUCCGUCAAGGGAACGCUGCAGCAGUUCGUGGAUGAUUUCUUUCGCAGUGUGCUCUGUUCUGGCUCCACCGUCCCGCCGGCGGUUAAAUACUUUUUUGACUUCCUGGAUGAGCAAGCCCUGAGACACGAGAACGUAGACGAGGAAACCAUACACAUCUGGAAGACCAACAGUUUGCCGCUGCGUUUCUGGGUGAACAUUCUGAAGAACCCUCACUUCAUUUUCGACGUGCACGUGAGCGAGGUCGUGGACGCCUCUUUGUCCGUCAUCGCUCAGACCUUCAUGGACGCCUGCACAAAAACAGAACACAAACUCAGUCGGGAUUCUCCCAGCAACAAAUUACUCUAUGCAAAGGAGAUCUCCACCUACAAAAGGAUGGUAGACGACUACUAUAAAGGAAUCCGGCAGAUGGUGUCAGUCAGUGACCAGGAAAUGAACACACAUCUGGCUGAAGUGUCACGGGCACACACAGAUAAACUGAACACGCAAGUGGCUCUUCACCAGCUCUACCGGUACGCCAGUAAAUACUACGAUGGGAUCAUCAUGUCUCUGGAUGAAGACCCUGCCGCUCAGAGUAAACAGUUAACACUGAGACUGCAACAGAUCGCCGCAGCGCUGGAGAACAAAGUGACCGACCUCUAACCCCGUCAGCUGGACCAACACUCUCAGUGUAUUUAGCUCAUCACUAUAAUCAGAUGUUCAAUUUCUUCCUGUGUAGAGACAAAAGGUUUUAAGAAUUGUAUUCUAUAUUUUUUUUAAUGUGCAGUCUUUAUGCAGAAAGCUUUAUAAGAGGAAAAUAACUUUUUAAAUAGACGGCCUUGUGUCAGUUGUUUUUAAAGCUUCUGUGUGUGUGUGUGUGUGUGUGUGUGCAAGAGUGUGCGUGUGUAAAAGGAUGCCUAUAUUUUGACCAAAAGGGAGCUGCCCAUGACCCUGCGAUGCGUGUAUGCAGGGGGUGUGCCUACAGUGAGGUCAUAUCUGGUAUCGUCCAAUCAAAAGCAGCUGAAGGUGACAGUAGGGAUUGCAUGGGAUGUGUUUGGAACAAUCAUACUAGCAUACUACUCAUACUACAGUAUGUACUGUAUUGGUAUAGUGUGCGAAUGAUCUGUAUCAGUAAAAUUUCCUAAAACGUGCAGGAUAAAGCUGCGGUCACAUUUACCAUCGUUCUGCAAUGUUUUGCUGGCAAACUUCAGUCAUUUUAACAGGAAUUUAAGUUUCA